AUGCCCGUACAUCUACUCUUCCUGUCAACAACUACUCUUCACGAGAGCAAGAGAUCGCGAAGCAGAGCGGGUCACUGAAAGUGCCUAAAAGGCUUCGAGGAAAGGCUGUGGAACUGGUACGACAGUUACAAAAUCGCAAUAAGCAAUGCUCAUAUGAAAAGCUGUUACGUUACUAUUGCCCACCACAGGUUUGUCAUACAGUCUUUCACCCUUGAACUAGCACUAAGAUCUCAGCGCAUUGGCCUCUGGAAACUUGAUCACUUCGAUUCCCAGAUUGGAGUACUUAGUGAGGACCUGAAAAAAUCAGCAUCAGAACAGUUGAUAACACAAUUUCGAGAAAAGAAUCAGCAAGCAGCAGCCGACGAUAUAUCCAAGUCAUCGGCGAAGACGUGGUUGCGCCCAAAGAACGAAAGUCCUGACACGAAAGCAAACGUUACUAGGCCGAAGCUCAGCAUGACAGAUUACGCGACACCAACUUCGUCGGUAUCGGCUUUUUGUCGGGCAGUACUGCGAAGCCUAAUCCCACUCCAAUUCUAUGGAAAUCGCCAACACAAAAUUACCCACCAAAUGGUUGUCUUCAGGCAUGUUGAUCGAUUCGUGCGCAUGCGACGGUUUGAAAGCCUCAGCGUUCAUGAAGUCUGCAAGGGGAUCAAGGUUCGAAUAGAUCACAUCCAACCAAGGAUGGAUUGCUAAUGCGAAUAUCUCCCUAAUAGGUCACAUGCAUACCCUGGCUUGAACCUCCCACACUCCACAUCCAGAAUUCUUGCCAGAAUAAGAUCUCAUUAUCCGAUCUACACAAGCGCACAGAAAUACUACACGAAUUCA